AUGACAGAUAUGAAUUUAAUGCAAUUACCCUCCAAGGUAGCAUAUGCUGAAUUCAAUGGAGAAGGGAGUACAUACAGCGCAUCCUGCUCUUGGCUGGAAUAUACAAGGACCGCAUUGGAAAGUGCACUUGAUGAAUGCGGAAAAGUCAAAGGAUAUGUAGAUCAAAUAGUAAAAGCAUGGUGUAUUGUGCAGAAUUCAGGGGGAAUGCGUAACUUAGGGAGUACGCACUGUUUUCCCUUCUACUACUGGUUAGGUAAUAUAUUAUUUAACCAAUUAAGACUUGAAUCACCUUUGGAAACUAUGAAAACAAUCUAUGAAAAUCUAAAUGAAGUUCUGAGUAAAGAAAAGUGUACAAUUAUAUAUGAUAACAUUGACCAAACUACCUUUGGUCAUAUGAAAGCAGCAUAUGAAUAUUAUCAAGACCAUGCGAAAAUAGAAAAGCAACUAAAUCAACUGGAUAAACGUUGCACUGCUGCAUAUCAACAACACCUAACGAACAUUGUUUCAGCAUAUAAAAGUAUAAAUGGAAACUGUGUAAAUGAUAUGACUAAACCACAUUGUAGGGAUUUUAACAACAGCUAUAAGAAACACAGUCCCCUGGGGCCACCGGAAUUAACAUGCACUAUAGAAAGCGGGCAGAAAUCAUCGGAGGGGUCUGCACAUGCAUCAGUCCAAUUACAAACAGAGGAAGUAAAUUCCUCCAGUGGAACCAUCCCUACCACUGCCAUAUCAUCCGUUUUCUCUGUCCUGGGAAUGGGAGUGGCGGCUGCUUCAUUCUUUUUAUAUAAAAUUCGGCAGACAAUUCCACUAUAUAUGAUGGACGACGACCACGAGCACCUCAAAGAGGAAGAACGAAGAAUGAUCUCCCUGAACAGAAACAAGGAAGGAAUGUGGCUUAUCACCCUACAUAAUGCCUCUACAGCGGAAAAGAAAUAA